AUCGAAGAGCAGUUGUCACUGGCAUUCGAAGCUAUCAGGUCAUCUUCGCUUGUCGCACUAGAUUUCUAACUCCAAAGAUCAUGGGUAAUAAUUUCUACUGGCGGAACAAGGUGGCGGUUGUCACUGGAGCCUCGGUAGGAAUAGGAGCUAGCACAGCCGUGGAACUGGCCAAUGCCGGAAUGGUGGUUGUAGGAUUAGCUCGUCGACCGGAACUCAUUGAAGCUCUCCGGGAUCGAGUCACUGGCGAGGGAAAGAUCUUAGCCCGGCAAUGCGACCUCAACGAUGAAGAGCAGCUGACCAGUGCUUUUGCCUGGAUUCGUGAAAAAUUCCAGGCUAUACAUGUGCUGGUCUGCAAUGCUGGCAUACUAAAGGCCAACUUUUUAAGCGAGUCCCCUACCAAGGACAUUAAGGAACUGUUCGAUACGAAUGUCGUUGCUACGGCCAGCUGCCUGCGGGAGGCCCUGAAGCACAUGGCUGCGGUCAAGGUUCGCGGUCACAUUGUGGUCAUGAACAGCGUGCUCGGCCACCGGAUUCCGGAAGUGCCGGUGCCCUUAUUCAGCGUUUAUCCGGCCACGAAGCAUGCAAUUACGGCCCUCUGCCAAACGGUGCGCCAGGAAAUACAUUUUCUCAAAUUAAAUAUUAAAUUAACGAGCAUCUGUCCGGGCAUGGUCGAUACGGAUUUUCUUAGUGUUUACUCGCAGGCGGUGGCCGAACUGCCCAAGCUGCAGGCGGAGGAUGUGGCCAAGGCCGUGUUGUAUGCGUUAAACACUCCUGAUGGCGUCCAGGUGGAGGACAUAAUAUUGCAGCAGAUGCGGAAGGUCAAUUAACCACUCGAUGGAUUUCUAAAUAACUUUUUUUCACAUUUUGUUAAAUAUAUAUUGUACAUCCUUGAAACCAGAACACACUUUACAUAUGAGUACCUAAUAAAAUAUUAAGAACAAA